AUGCACUCCAAAUUUGUCGCCAUAGUGGGCCUGUGUGUCGCUGCUUCUAUUCUGCAUGCGACUGACGCUGCUAAUAGAAUGCCCCCACGUCGUCAACUCGGGUCGUACGAGGACUACGACCACCACCAGCACAAGCACGACCACGACCACAAGAAACACUACCACCACGACAAGAAGGACCACCCGCACUACUACCGUCGUCGCCUGGAAGGUAAGGACCCCAAGGCUACCGAUUAUAAGGACACUAGGGCUAGCGAGUCUUCAGACUACAGCUACGGCAAAGACGAUUAUGCUCACAACCACGACCACCACGGAUAUGCUCGUGAUGACUAUGGUCACGAUGACUGUGGCCGAGAUAGCUACGCCCACGAUGUUUAUAAGCACAGGGACUACAAGCACAAAGGCAACGGAUACGGUAGCGGCGACGACUACAAGGGAUAUGGUAGCGGCUACAGCUACAGCUAUAAGAGCUAUGGAGGCGACUGCGAUGAUUACUACGGCCACGGCAAUGACUACUACAAUUCUGGCAAGGGUUACGGUGGCGACUACUACCCGGAUUACUACUCGUCAUAUGGUGUUGGCAACGGAUACGGCUACUACCCCGAAUACUACUCGUCGUACGAUGGUGGGUAUGGCAAUGGAAAUGGAGACUACCCGGACUACUCUUCUUCUUACGGCUACCCCAGUUACGGCGGCUACGGCUACUCACGUCUACGGGUACCCGGGCUACUUUGGUUAUGA